CUUGCUUUAAUUCGCACAUGCGCGGCGAAGCAUUAGAAGCCUUCCAUAUACAAGCUACCCGUUAUCUACACCAAAUAAAAGCCUUUAGUGGUUUAAAUAUUCGCAUUUCUGCUCAUUACAGUACUGGCUUAAGCACCAACUGUUUAGAGCACCUGGCGUCCCCGUCACAUCCAUACACACUCGCUCUUUUGUAUCCAUAUACACUCACUCUUUUGUACCGAUAUACCUUUUGCAUCCAUACCCUCAUGCCUUCCACAGCUAUUAUGCAAGAGAAGAACCUCCAGUUUUCGUCGGUUUUUUUGGAAACGAGACACCAGUUGAACCAGGACUCUACCGCAUCAUUUCUCGCAGGCGGUAUUGCCGGGGCAGUGUCCCGUACCGUGGUGUCGCCGUUUGAAAGGGCCAAAAUUUUGUUCCAGGUUCAAGGGUUGGGCUGUUCGACUGCCUACAACGGGAUUUUUCCCACCAUUGUCCGAAUGUACAGGGAAGAGGGGUUCAAAGGGUUGUUCCGCGGUAACGGGUUGAACUGUGUGAGAAUCUUUCCGUAUAGUGCGGUCCAGUUCGCUACGUUUGAAAAGAUCAAGGUGUCAACCUUGAAACCAGGCGAGACGGAGCUAGAUACUUCCACCAGAUUAUGGGCCGGUGGAGCGGCUGGGGUACUUUCUGUGCUCGUGACCUACCCUCUUGACCUUGUGAGAGCCCGUCUUUCCAUCCAGACCGCGUCUUUGUCGCAGUUGAACGGAGCCCAGGCCGCCUGCACGAAGCCUCCCGGGGCAAUAAAGCUUUUGAAGGACAUUUACCGUGCGGAAGGGGGCGUGUUGGGCUGGUACAGGGGCAUCGUACCCACCACCCUUGGGGUGGCUCCGUACGUUGCUAUCAAUUUUGCGGUCUACGAGAAGUUGAGAGAGCUCAUCCCGGAAUCGCCGUCCGCCCCGCUCUACAGAUUGCUCAGCGGUGCCGUGGCUGGUGGGGUUGCCCAAACCUUGAUCUAUCCGUUUGACUUGCUCAGAAGGAGAUUCCAAGUCCAGGGCAUGUGCAAGGGCCAGUUAGGGUACGAAUACACCAGUGUGAUGCAUGCAUUGGUGAGCAUCUUCAAGAAAGAGGGUUUCUUUGGUGCGUACAAGGGGUUGACGGCGAAUUUGUACAAGGUUGUUCCUUCCAUGGCUGUCAGCUGGCUUGUCUACGAUGAAAUCAAGGACUUUUUUGUGCAUCUUUAGCUGUGCCGCCCGUCCUGACGUUGCACCGAGGUGUAUAUAGACACAACGGCAGGGGUUUAUGAAGUAAAUUGGCUAAAAAAAAUCGUAUAGCAUUGGUUCCCGGGUAUGAUAAACAACUAAUAGAGAGGGUUUGGAAUAUAUAUAUGACGUAAAGGUUCGGCAU